CUCGUCAGUGGCCGUGGUCUAUAAGAGCUUGCCUUCCGCCAUUUUUCUACCUCUCCUUCUCUGCUUCCUGCUUUCUGACCCUUACUUCGUCGGAGAAUUCGCCGGCGGACGAGCGUGUCCCCUGCGUUUCGUGUGUUCCGGCAUCCCAGACGGAAAUAAUGGCAAGAGUCGGUCAGAGCUCGAGCGGCACGAUUUUGGCGAUAAAGAUUUGCUUUGCUUCCCUCGGAGUUCUCUUCACCGGCGUUUUUCUGAAUAUGAGCGUCCCUCUCGCUGUCGAGUUCGUCGUCUCGGAGGUGCCCCGGAUGUGGAGCUCGCUUCGCGUCUGGCUGACGCCGCCGUACCUCUAUAUCGUGAUUAAUGCUAUUAUUCUCACUAUAGCUGCCUCCUCCAGCUUCCAGCACAAGGUGCGAGAUGGCUCUGAUGACGGAGGCGGUGGACUGAAGGCCGUGGAGGAACGGUCGACGGAGUUCGGCGUCCCGACGGAGCCGCCUUCGGAGGGGCUCGUAGUCAUGCCGGCCUACGACGCGCCGGAGCUGAAGGCGGCGGCUGCUCCCGAGAGCAAGCCGGUCGCGCUGAGUGUGACCGCCGGCGACGAAGAGGAGGAGGAGGACUUCAUAGCGAGGUCCGACUGGUCGCCGAAGAGGAGGCCGGGUGAGGAGAUCGUCGCAUCGACGGAAGAGGACUCCUGCGUGACAGAGGAGAGGCCGCCGGUGUCCGCAAGGUUCGGACACCGGAGGGGCGUGAGAGCCAGCCCCGAAGCCGGCAAGGCACUGGGAGUGGCGCGGUCCCGGCGCCACGAGACGCUGGAGAGCACCUGGAAGACGAUUACGGACGGCCGUCCCAUCCCUCUCGCCAGGCACCUGAAGAAGUCGGAGACAUGGGAGACUCACGGCCGGCCAAGGCAGGACGCGGAAGCGGUAACCCCAUUGAAGAAGUCGGACACGGUGAAGGAAGGGAGGGUAGCCGGAUCGCCGUCGCCAUCGCCGUCUCCGGGCUCAGGCAAGCAGGGUCUCCGAAAGGAACCUUCUCUGAGCCAGGACGAUCUCAACAGACGUGUUGAGGCCUUCAUCAAGAAGUUCAACGAGGAGAUGAGGCUGCAACGUCAAGAGUCUCUGAAGCAUUACACGGAGAUGGUAAAUCGUGGCAGCCGCUAGGGCUUUUCUUUUCUCUUCUUUCCUCUUUUCCCUAGGGCGGUUUUUAUUUGUGGGUAUAGGGGAAAUCGGCUAUAGGAAAAUGAAGUUUUUUUUUUUUUUUUUUUUUUUAUCUGCUUGUUGUUUAGAGAACUGUAGAUUAUUCGUCUACGGUAAUAGGUUUCAGCUCUUCUCUUCUCCCCCUUUUUUGUCUGCAUAAAAGUUUGGAACGGAAGAAUGUGUAAAGUCUGCUUGAAUCAGUGAAUGUGGUUUACUUUGAAAAUGGUGGAUUGACAUUAUUUAGUUACUGAAUUGGCCUGUUAAAA